CACUUAUCGUAAUCACAUGUUUGUGUGCUUUUCAUGUGAAACACGUUUUGCUGUAUUUUCGGUCAUAUUUUCAAUUGAAUUGACUUUCAGUGCAAUGAAUACACUGUCACUCACUAUAGAGCGGUCACUAUAGGAGUGAACGGUUUGUCCAUUAGAUGAUAACGAGUGGUCAUUACAUGUGAUUGUAUUGACAGUCACUCAAGACAUGGACCGAAGAAGUUGUGGUCAAAAGCCGUCAAAAAGGGCAAAGGCGUCGAUGACUGACACCAAUAGGACUCGAGAGGAAUACCCGAAGGACUCGCUCGACAGAUACGGCGAUGACUUGUGUGGACUCGUAUUGUCUGACCUGUCCCUCGAAGAGUGUUUCCGAUUUGAAUGUGUGUCCAAACAAUGGCAGCGAUCGGUAUUCAAACCACAAAACUAUGUGAAUGUCGAGAAACAUCUGAAGAAAUGGCAGAUAAUAAAGGGUAAGACUAUUGAAGACAUCGAUUGGCAGAUCUUGGAGUCAGUGGUGCGGAAGUGUCCGAACAUUAGACGCUUUGAUAUUGAGAUCCAUUCAGAAGUGACGGGAAGAGUGUUUGAGACACUCAUGAGUGCAUACAAACACUUGACUGCAAUCGACAUCACAUUUGACACCGGAAUCAAUGCCCAGAUAAUCGACACCAUUCUCGGCAAACAUGGCUCGCAGUUGACGGCCAUUUCAAUACCGCCGUCGGGUUAUGAUGUCUUUGAAACGCACUCCAAGUCGUUGACACGACUGAGACAACUGUCCUCAUCGGGACAUAUGUUGCUGUCAACCAUUGUCACCGAAAACUAUGAACUAUUGGUCAAGAAUUUGACUCAUUUUCGCUUCAAUUACACGAAUUGGCAAACAUUCAUACCAUUUGUGAUACACUACAGAAAGAUCUUGAGAUCGCUGUCCAUUACAUUCAAUUCGCGAUUCAUAACUACCAGAGAAUACAUUCUUAUACUGAUUCUGAUCUCCAAAAUGCAGUCAUUGCGGGAAUUGAAUAUUGAGUUGUUUUUUGCCAAUGAAGACACGGCCGACACCAUUGAUCCGGUCGUCGACUAUCACUGCAAAGUGUUUGUCAAUCAGUGGCCGCACCUCAAGAGAUAUCGUUUGAAUAUGUGGUGCGGAACUGAUCUACACGUCAAGCGAUUGUACGAAUCGGUGGGUCGUAUGAAGCGAUUACAGCGCUUGGAGUUAACGCUGAGACCGCGUCCGGCAGACAAUGAAUGGACCGUUGAUUUGACGCCAAAAGCAUUGUCUCCUUUGAAACGAUUAACGCAUUUGUCGUUACGUUUGGAGAACUGUAUACUCAAUGAGAGUUUCUUUGAGUCAUUUCACUCGCAAUUACCUCACAUUAAGUGCCAUAUAUUGAUCCAAUUGUCCAAAGAAGUCACCGAUUUUGACGCAAUUAUCCAGAAGUUUUCGAAAGCCAAGGACUAUAAGUUUCUACAAGAGAUCGUUACUCAAGAAUCCAGUGUUUAG